AUGGGGGACGGAGAGAUGGCCAUGAUCGAAUUUCUGAGGAAAAAUGUGGACAUGUUUUCUUGGAGCCUAUCAGACUUUACGGGGAUAGACCUAGAAAUAAUUGUACACAGGCUGAACGUAGAUCCUACAGUCCGACUGGUACAACAGAGAAAGAGGUCGUUCGGGAGCGACAAGAACGAGAUCAUCAGGCAGGAGGUCACAAGUUACUCAAGGCUGGAUCUGAAUAAACCCUGCCCAAAGGACCCAUACCCCUUGCCAAGGAUCGAUGUUAUGAGUGCAGGCGCAACUUACCAGCGGCUGGUGAACAAGAUGUUUGGCGACCUGCUCAGAAAAACAAUGCAAGUUUAUGUCGAUGAUAUGCUAGUCAAGAGCAAGAGGUCGCAAGAUCAUCCUGAGCAUCUUAAACAAGCAUUCAGCAUAAUGAGAUCCGAGCCCCGAGAAGAUUCAGGCCAUCAUGAGCUUACGAUCGCCGACCACGAUCCAAGACGUGCAGAAGUUGACAAGAAAAUUGCCUCCUUGAAUAGGUUUAUUUCGCGAUCAGCAGAUCGAAGCCUCCCUUUCUUUAAAGUCCUGAGGAAAUCCAAGAGCUUCGAAUGGAUUGAAGAAUACGGGAAGGCGCUACAAGAACUAAAGGAAUAUCUGACAAAACCCCCCUUGCUUGCUAACCCAAAGGAAGAAGAAACACUAUUUUUGUAUUUAGCUGUAUCAGAAAAUGCGGUCAGCUUGGUGUUAGUGCGGGAUGAAGGAUGGAGCCAAAAUCCGAUAUACUACCUCAGCAAGAUGCUUCAAGGUGCAGAAUCAAGGUAUUCAGAGAUGGAGAAGUUAACACUCACCUUGGUUGUUACAGCUCGAAUGUUGAGACCUUAUUUUCAAUCGCAUAAAGUGGUGGUACUGACGAAUCAUCCUCUAAAACACGUGAUAUCGCGACUAGAGGCUUCCGGGAGGUUGAUCAAGUGGACUGUUGCAUUGGGACAGUAUGACGUUGACUAUCAGCCCAGGACCGCACAGAAAGCGCAAGUCCUGGCAGAUUUUGUGACGGAACUAUCUAGUGAUUCUGAAUUGCCUCAAGCUGCUGAAGGGCAAAGUUGUAAAUGGAUGCUACAUAUAGACGGAUCAUCAAAUGCUGACAAUGGAGGAGCAGGCAUAUUGAUCCAAGGACCCAAGAAAAUGGAGAUCGAAGUAGCAGCUCGCCUAUCUUUCCCAGUCACCAACAAUGAAGCAGAAUACGGAACACUUAUUCUGGGAUUAGAACUUGCGUAG